AAAGAAGCAACUGCGAAAAGUGAGAAAAAGAGAUAAAACAAAGGCAUAAAUGUUUGGGCUCUGUGUUGACUGUCACCGCCACACCACCAUCAAUCAAUAUCUCUUUUUCAAUAUAUCAACCUCAUCUGCUUCUUCCUACAGAUCCGUUUCAGCUUCCUUCAUGCAUCAUCCAUGCCUACUCUUCCAUUUCUGUAAUUUCUUUACCCCGUCGGUGAGCUAUUGAUUUCUUCAAUCAAGUGGAGAAGGUGACGUCAAAAAGGGGAUUUUUUUUCAUUUCCAUUUUUAGCUGAUGGCGUCUGUAAGUGUAGUAGCUGCUUCUGGAUUGAGAGACCCCAAAGGACAUACAGUUGGUGUUGAUAGGUUGCCUGAAGAAAUGAAUGACAUGAAAAUUAGGGAUGACAAGGAAAUGGAAGCAACUAUUGUUGAUGGUAAUGGAACAGAGACAGGUCAUAUAAUUGUCACCACUAUUGGGGGAAAAAAUGGCCAGCCAAAGCAGACUAUAAGCUACAUGGCUGAGCGUGUUGUUGGGCAUGGAUCUUUCGGUGUAGUUUUCCAGGCCAAGUGCUUAGAAACUGGUGAAACUGUUGCUAUUAAGAAGGUUCUUCAAGACAAGAGGUACAAGAACCGGGAGCUACAAACCAUGCGUCUUCUGGACCACCCAAAUGUCGUUUCCCUGAAGCACUGUUUCUUUUCAACAACUGAAAAGAAUGAACUAUAUCUAAACCUAGUUCUUGAGUAUGUGCCGGAGACUGUCCAUCGUGUGAUCAAACACCAUUAUAAGAUGAAUCAACGAAUGCCACUGAUAUAUGUGAAACUUUACUUUUACCAAAUUUGUAGAGCGCUAGCUUACAUACAUAACACCAUUGGAGUGUGCCACAGGGACAUAAAGCCACAAAAUUUGUUGGUCAAUCCUCAUACCCACCAGGUGAAAUUAUGUGACUUUGGAAGUGCAAAAGUCUUGGUUAAAGGGGAACCAAAUAUUUCUUACAUAUGUUCUCGAUACUAUCGAGCACCUGAACUUAUUUUUGGUGCUACUGAGUACACCACAGCAAUUGAUAUAUGGUCUGCUGGCUGCGUUUUGGCUGAACUACUCCUUGGACAGCCCCUUUUCCCUGGUGAGAGUGGUGUAGACCAGCUUGUUGAAAUUAUCAAGGUAUUAGGGACCCCAACUAGGGAAGAGAUAAAGUGCAUGAAUCCUAACUACACAGAGUUUAAAUUUCCCCAAAUCAAAGCUCACCCGUGGCACAAGAUAUUCCACAAGCGCAUGCCCCCAGAAGCUGUGGAUCUUGUCUCUAGACUACUGCAGUACUCUCCCAACCUUCGAAGCACAGCGCUGGAAGCUCUGAUUCAUCCCUUCUUUGAUGAGCUACGUGAUCCUAACACCCGCCUUCCGAAUGGACGCUUCCUUCCUCCAUUAUUUAACUUCAGGCCUCAUGAACUGAAGUCGGUGCCGGCCGAGAUGUUGUUGAAGCUAAUCCCUGAGCAUGCAAGAAAGCAGUGUGCCUUCCUUGGAUUAUGAUAUGGUUGUCUGCAGUUUAUGCCUGCUCCUUGCAUGAAAAUAUGAUGUGGUAUAGAGAUGUAGCUAGUGGCCUGUUUUAAAUGAAUAUGGAAUUUGUGUUAUUUGUUUUGUAUCUCCUCCUAUGUUCAUUUGUUCCCUUCAUUGAUUUUUUUGUUUUCUUUUUAGCAUUUACUGGCAUCUUUGUAUGUAGAAAGCAGAUAAGAGAAGCUUCUGCUUAAGAUUUCAGAUAAGACAAUGGGUAAGCUGAGCUGACCCAUAUAUUCAGUUGAUAGAGACAAAUUGUAAUGACUUAUUGGAAUGCCAUGUGGAGAUUAUAAAAUCUUGCAAGGUAAUUACUGUGA